CAAUAUCUGCAGGACCAUCAGAUAUAUUAUAAAAUAGUAUUUAAAAUCAGUUGUCAGCCACAUGUGGUCUAUAUGAUGCAACAUGUUUGCAAUUGUUGGCAUGUCAUUUAAAAAUAUGUAACUAAUUUUGCUUUUCAAUAUUACCAUUAAUAUGACUUUUAAAAUAAUAAAAUUUUUUAUUUGUUUCAAAAAAUACUGUUUUAUUACUUACAAUAUAGUAUGUUAUUACAAGAUACUUCUGGCUUUUUCUCUGUUUCAAACCAGUUUAGUUAUAUCUUUUGUUCACAAAUUUUAUUAGAUGCUAUACACAUAGUUUCAUAGGUUUAAACUGAUAAAUAGCACUUUAUUGUUUUUGUUCAUUUUAGAUUAGUAUAGCAAAAAAUUAUUAAGAUAAAGUUUUAUCAAACAUAAAUAAUUUCUCAAUUAUGUCAAGUAACCUAAGAGCUGAAAAUAGAAGAAAUCGUCGAAAUGAAAGAAAUGAGGCCAGACGAGAAGAAAUUAAUCGUCGCCAAAAUGAAAGAAAUGAGGCUAGGCGAGAAGAAAUUAAUCGUCGCCAAAAUGAAAGGAAUGAGGCUAGACGUGAAGAAGUUAAUCGUCGCCAAAAUGAAAGAAAUGAGGCUCGACGAGUAUUAUUUAGGCGUGAAAUGCAUUGCAUAGCAAGAAAUAAUGUUUUUAUAGAGAGUAAUUACCUAGGAGAAAUGAACCAUAAUUGUCAGUAUUGUGGUGCUAAAAAAUUUUUAAAUGAAACACAUUUUUUGUGCUGCCAUUCGGGAAAGGUUGUCUUACCUCCACUUUCACCUUAUCCACCGCUGAUGGUUGAUUUAAUGACAGGCAACCAUGUUGAUCGUGCUUUGAAUCAAAAUUUUUUCAAGCAUAUACGAAAUUAUAAUGCCUGUCUAUCUUUUGCUUCAUUCAUAGCCACAAUAGAUCCUCCGUCAAAUCGUGGUCCACCCUGUUUUAGAAUUAGUGGGCAAAUUAUGCAUCGUAUUGGUAAUCUAAGACAUCAGCAAGGGGAUCCACCUGCUUAUUGUCAAUUAUAUGUUUAUGAUCCUAAUACUGCUUUAAACUUUCGAAUGGAGCAAAAUGAUUGUUGCAUACGUGAGUUAAUGGAACUUUUGCAGACUAUAAUUAAUCAGGAGAACCCAUAUGCGCUUGCAUUUAAAAACAUGGCAGAAGUUGAAGAUGCAGAAAUUCGUCAAGCUGCUAUAGAAGGUCGACCGAUUUCUGUUGUCAAAAUGUCGUUGCUUGAGGGUUGUGAUAGACGUCGAUACAAUCUUCCAUCACAUGAAGAGGUUGCCAUUGUGUUUGUAGGAAAUGAUGGUGCUCCACCUCCAUCUAGAGAAGUUGUUAUUUAUCCUCGAGGUCAACCCUUAAAAACAAUUUCAAGUAUGUCUGCAAAUCUAGAUCCAAUGAUAUAUCCAAUAUUUUUUCCAAGAGGUGAUGCAGGAUGGCAUGAUCAACUAGAGCACAAUCCUGACCGAGCAACACGUGUUCGAAAUCGUGUUACUUUAUCUCAGUACUACAACUAUAGGCUUUCUAUUAGACAAACGUUCAGUCCUAUAUUUUAUGGUAAGAAACUUUUUCAACAGUAUGCUGUUGAUGCAUAUGUCAAGAUUGAAGGACAGCGCCUUGCUUUUAUCAGAAAUAACCAAAACAAACUUAGAAGUGAACAAUACGAUACAUUACAUGAGUAUGUAAAUAAUGUUGCAAAUAACCUUAAUGUAAGACCGGGUCGUGUUGUUAUACUACCAUCCUCAUAUGUUGGAAGUCCAAGAGCUUUAAAAGAAAAUUUUGAAGAUGCAAUGGCAAUUAUAAAGAAAUAUGGUAAACCAGAUCUUUUUAUUACUUUUACCUGUAAUUCAAAAUGGAGAGAAAUUACAGAAAAUUUAAAUCCAGGUGAGAGCGCAACUGACAGGCCUGAUUUAGUUUGUCGCGUAUUUAAGAUGAAACUUAAAUGCUUCUUAGGUGAUAUUUUUAAACAUGGAGUCUUAGGCAAAGUUGUAAGUCAUGUACAGGUUAUUGAGUUUCAAAAACGUGGUUUGCCACAUGUGCAUAUUUUAUUACACUUUGUAAACGAUGAUAAGCUAGAAACAGCAGAGGAUAUUGAUAGUUUAAUAUCAGCUGAAAUUCCAGAUCAAACUGUUGAUCCUGAACUUUUUGAAAUUGUAAAAACAUGUAUGAUUCAUGGACCAUGUGGGAUUUUAAAUCCCAAUUCUCCUUGCAUGAAAGAUGGAGUUAGCACAAAAAAAUUUCCUAAAGAGUUUAAUCCUUGCACUGUUGCAAUUUUCAAUGGUUAUCCUAACUACAGGCGUUUAGAUAAUGGUAGAGUAGUCAUUAUAAAAGGUAACCAAGUUGAUAAUCGAUGGGUCGUACCCUAUAACCCCUGGUUAUCAAAAAAAUACCAAGCCCACAUUAAUGUUGAAGCUUGCAUGUCUAUUAAGUCAGUGAAGUAUUUAUACAAAUAUGUCUAUAAGGGGCAUGAUUGUGCGAAUGUGGUAAUUAAUGAAAGUGUUGACCAUGAUGAAAUUAACACAUAUUUAGACUGUCGCUUUGUUUCCGCCCCAGAGGCUCUUUGGCGAAUAUAUGAGUAUUCCAUAAGUGAUAUGUCACAUACUAUUAUCCGCCUUCAAAUCCACCUUCCUGAUAAUCAGAGAGUAUAUUUUAACGAAGGAGAAGAACAAGUAGCUAUAGAUCGUGCAGCACAGCGUGACACUCACCUAACCGCUUGGUUUAAGUUAAAUGCUGAAAAUAAUGAAGCACGUCAGUAUUCUUAUGUUGAAAUUCCAUAUCACUUUGUUUUUGGUAAAAAUUGCAUGUGGAAAGUAAGACAAAGAGGUAGUGAUAAGGUGGUUGUUCGAAUGUAUAAAGUCAGUUAUUUUUUCUCAGGUUGUUACUUUUGCAUGUAA